AUGUCUGAGGAAAGAAUAAAUGAUACUGAUGAAAGAAUGAAUACUGAAAAUAGAGAAUUAGAUGAAACAGAAUCUGUUGCACCGAGUGUGAAUCCGUUGGGUAACCAACCUCCUAAUGUAGAACGGGAAAAUGCUAGAGAUAGAGAUGAAUCUCAAUUACUGAGAAUUAUAGCUGAUGUAUUACAAAGAGUAGCGGAAACUACUCCUGCUACGACUUCAGCAUCUACUGUUAGACGGGCCCCGAUAAAAGAACUGAGAAAAUAUGGUGCCACUGAAUUUAUGGGUCUAAAAGGAGUCGAUCUAUCCGCAGCUGAAAAUUGGAUGGAGUCAACUAAGAGAAUUUUACAGCAGUUGGACUGUACCCCCCGGGAGUGUUUAAUCUGUGCUGUAUUGUUGCUACAAGGGGAAGCUUAUUUAUGGUGGGAAUCAGUGGUUCAACAUCUACCGGAGAAUCAGAUAACGUGGGAUCUAUUUCAGAAGGAAUUUCAAAAGAAAUAUAUCGGAGAGAUGUAUAUCGAAGAUAAGAAACAAGAAUUUUUAAUGUUACAACAGGGUGAUAUGUCAGUAAUAGAUUAUGAGAGGGAAUUCUCUAGACUCAGCAGAUAUGCCUCCGAGUUUAUCCCGAUAGAAGCUGAUAGUUGUAAAAGAUUUUUACGGGGUUUGCGAGAUGAAAUCAAGGUACAGCUAGUAUCUCAUCGGAUUACUGAGUUAGUAGAUUUGAUUGAGUGGGCUAAAAUGGUGGAACAAGUUCUGGGCCUCGAUAAAAAGACUGAAGUUGUUAGACCAACCGGGAAGCGUACAGGAACUACGAGUUCGAACCCUCAGCCAAAAAGACCAAAGGAGUCUCAAGGUGGUUGGAGAUAUAGUUUCAGAUCAGAUAAAGGCGGUAGAAGCAGGGGGAGACAGACGACAGUAUCUACUGGCAGUGUGAGAGACCAUUUCAUCAGAGACUGUCCGAAAGCUGAUAGUACCGCACCCGUGACAUCACAGAGAUCAGUAUCUACUGCUAGAGGCAGAGGCUCUGGUAGAGGUAGUUCGGUUUCAAGGGGAGGAGGUAUUAGGAGGAGCAGUGGUAUUGGUACCCAGCAGUCUGAAGCUAAAGUACCCGCCAGAGCUUAUGUGGUCAGAACACGAGAAGAAGGCAACGCCCACGAUGUAGUAACAGGUAUAUUCUUACUAUAUUCUAGGCCUGUUUAUGCUUUAAUUGAUCCCGGAUCUUCACACUCUUAUAUAAAUUCAAAAUUAGUUGAAUUGGGAAAAUUUAAUUCUGAAGUAUCUAGAGUGACUGUAGAAGUGUCGAGUCCGUUGGGGCAAACAGUAUUAGUGAAUCAGGUUUGUCCGAGAUGCCCGUUAAUUAUACAAAAUAAAACUUUUCCUAUUGACCUGUUGAUCAUGCCAUUUGGGGAUUUUGAUAUAAUACUGGGGAUGGAUUGGUUGUCUGAACACGGAGUGGUAUUGGAUUGUUAUAAAAAGAAGUUUAGUAUUCAGACAGAAGACGGGAACAGAAUUAAGGUGAAUGGUAUCUGUACUAAUGGGCCAGCACGUAUUAUUUCAGCAAUCAAGGCUAAUAAAUUGCUCCAGCAGGGUUGUACAGCGUAUUUAGCUUAUGUUAUUAAUUCUGAUUCGGUUGGUAAUCAGUGUAGCAAGAUCAAAACUGUAUGUGAGUUUCCAGAUGUAUUCCCUGAAGAACUACCGGGUUUACCACCUGACAGAGAGGUUGAAUUUGCUAUAGAAGUGUAUCCGGGUACAGCACCAAUCUCUAUACCAUCGUAUCAAAUGUCGCCCACUGAAUUAAAAGAGUUGAAGGUGCAGUUACAGGACUUGUUAGAUCGUGGAUUUAUUAGACCGAGCAUUUCACCUUGGGGAGCUCCAGUAUUGUUUGUUAAAAAGAAAGAUGGAUCGAUGCGGCUUUGUAUUGAUUACUGGCAGUUAAACAAAGUGACGAUCAAGAACCGUUAUCCGUUGCCCCGUAUAGAUGAUUUAUUUGAUCAGCUAAAAGGAGCUUCGGUAUUUUCGAAGAUUGACUUGAGAUCUGGGUAUUAUCAGCUGAAAGUAAAAGAAAGUGAUGUGCCAAAGACUGCUUUCCGUAUUCGAUAUGGUCAUUAUGAGUUUUUGGUGAUGCCGUUUGGGUUGACUAAUGCUCCAGCUGCUUUUAUGGAUCUGAUGAAUCGUAUUUUUCAGCCGUAUUUAGAUCAGUUUGUGGUGGUUUUUAUUGAUGACAUCUUGGUUUAUUCGAAGUCAGAGUCAGAGCAUGAUCAGCAUCUUAAAACCGUGUUACAAAUUCUGCGGGAAAAACAGUUGUACGGGAAACUAAGUAAAUGUGAAUUCUGGUUAUCAGAGGUAGUAUUUUUGGGACAUGUUGUAUCUGCUGAUGGGAUUAGAGUUGAUCCGAAGAAGAUCGAGGCAAUUGUUCAAUGGAAGGCACCAAAGAAUGUAUCAGAAGUACGCCGUUUUCUGGGUUUAGCCGGGUACUACCGAAGGUUUGUUACGAUGACAAAACUACUACAGAAGAAUGUUCCUUUUAUAUGGGAUGAUCAAUGUCAGAGAAGCUUUGAAACAUUGAAACAAAUGUUGACAGAGGCACCAGUUUUAACUUUACCAGAAUCGGGGAAAGAUUUCAUAGUGUACAGUGAUGCUUCUUUGAAUGGUUUGGGUUGUGUAUUGAUGCAGGAUGGAAAAGUAAUAGCUUAUGCAUCUCGACAGUUGAAGCCACAUGAGCGCAAUUACCCGACACACGAUUUGGAGUUAGCUGCUGUAAUCUUUGCAUUGAAGAUUUGGAGACAUUACUUGUAUGGUGAGAAAUGUUAUAUUUAUACUGAUCAUAAAAGUCUUAAAUAUGUUUUGUCACAAAAGGAGUUGAAUCUGAGGUAGAGACGAUGGAUAGAACUUCUGAAGGAUUAUGAUUGUGUUAUAGAUUAUCAUCCAGGGAAGGCAAAUGUGGUAGCAGAUUCAUUGAGCAGAAAAGCAGCGGUUGAAUUACGGCCAAUGUUUGCUCGGCUUAGUAUUAAUGAUGAUGGAAGUUUGUUAGCUGAGUUAAGAGUCAAGCCGGUAAUGUUUGACCAAAUCAGAGCAACACAGCUAAAAGAUGAAAAAUUGAUGAAGAAAAGAGAAAUGGUACAGCAUGGUACAGUGGAAAAUUUUAGUAUUGACGAGCAUGAUUGUUUGAGAUUUCGGAAUCGGAUUUGUAUUCCAGCUACUUCUGAGAUUAAAGAACUGAUUCUCCGAUAAGCACAUGAUAGUAUUUUUACUUUGCACCCAGGUGGAACAAAGAUGUAUCGUGAUCUACGAGAACUGUAUUGGUGGCCAGGGAUGAAGAAAGAUAUAGUCGAGUAUGUUAGUAAAUGCUUGACUUGUCAGCGGGUAAAAGUAGAACAUCAGGUGCCAACAGGUUUGUUACAGCCUAUUACUAUUCCCGAGUGGAAAUGGGAUUGCAUUACCAUGGAUUUUGUUACGGGAUUGCUUGUCAGUGAGUAAAAAAAUGCCAUUUGGGUGAUUGUUGAUCGACUCACAAAGUCAACUCAUUUUAUAGCAGUUAGAACCGACUGGUCACUACAGAAACUUGCCGAGGUUUAUAUUUGGGAAAUUGUUAGAUUACAUGGUAUUCCGAUAUCGAUAAUUUCAGACCGAGAUCCUUGAUUUACAUCGAGAUUUUGGAGGCAGCUACAUGAAUCAUUGGGUACUCGACUUAGUUUCAGUACAACUUUUCAUCCGCAAAUUGAUGGACAAUCUGAACGGGUAAUUCAGAUUUUGGAAGAUAUGCUCCGAGCUUGUGUCAUUGAUUUUGAAUCAGGUUGGGAACGUUAUUUACCAUUGGCCGAGUUUGUUUAUAAUAAUAGUUUUCAAUCUAGUAUUCAAAUGGCUCCGUAUGAGGCUUUAUAUGGUAGAAGGUGUAGAUCUCCUGUAUGUUGGACUGAAUUAAAAGAAAGAAAAGUGAUUGGACCGGAAUUGAUUCAAGAGAUAGAGGAAACAGUUAAAAAGAUUAAAGAUAGACUGAAAGCCGCUUUCGACAGACAGAAAUCUUAUGCAGAUUUGAAACGACGAGAUAUGGAAUAUUCCGUUGGUGAUAAAGUAUUCCUCAAAGUGCCGCCGUGGAAGAAAAUUUUAAGAUUUGGUCGGAAGAGAAAAUUAAGUCCACGUUUUAUUGGACCGUAUGAGAUUGUGGAAAGAACUGGGCCUGUUGCUUAUCGAUUAGCUUUACCUUCAGAAUUACAGAAAAUUCAUGAUGUUUUUCAUGUUUCGAUGCUUCGAAGAUAUAGAUCGGAUCCUUCUCAUAUCAUUCCCAUUGAAGACAUUGAAAUUCGAUCUAAUUUAAGUUAUGAAGAAGAACCAGUUCAGAUAUUAGCACGAGAAGUGAAAGAAUUAAGAAAUAAACGGGUUCCUUUAGUAAAAGUUUUAUGGAGAAGUCAUAGUGUGGAAAAAGCGACUUGGGAACUGGAAGAGACGAUGAGAGCACAAUAUCCUCAUCUCUUCUCAGAUGGUGUGGGUGGUUGGAGCAAGCACGGUGUUGAUGCUGGAUUAUAUGCGGCGGAGCUCAUCAACAAUUCUCUUCUGGCUACCCUCACUCAACCACUCACUCAGGUUGAUCCCAUGAAGGUUUUGGAUGAAGCCUUCUCUAAGACCAAAGCUCAAGGGUCUUCAACAGCAUGCAUCAUAACUCUCCAGGAGGGCAAUAUGUUGCAUGCUGUUAAUGUGGGAGAUAGCAGGUUUAUGGUGAUCAGACGAGGUGAAAUAAUAUACAAAUCCCCAAUUCAGCUACACUCUUUCAAUUUUCCGUAUCAGUUGGGAAAUUCUGCAAAUUGUGCUAAACCCAGGCAGGCACAGGUAAUAAAGGUUAGAGUAGAAGCAGGAGAUGUGAUAAUAGCAGGAACAGAUGGACUGUUUGACAACUUGUUUGAAUUGCAAAUACUGGCGACAGCAUCAAAAGGGAUUGAACAAGAUUUAGGUGCAGAGGAAAUGGUUUGGGAAACGGCUCAACUAGCUUACCAAACAUCCAGGGAUAAAGCAGCUGUCACUCCAUUUAUGGAGGCUUCUAAAAGGGGUGGAAGAUUUCGUGAUGGUGGAAAAGGAGAUGAUAUUACUGUCAUUGUUUCCCGCAUUCUUGGUGCAUAG